UGAUUCCAGAACAAAAGGAGAGCAGGAGGAAACAAUCCGAUACACUCAGAGGAGGAGAAAGGAGAGAAGAAUAGAGAGCAGGGUGACCCCGAUGGGGAGUCUGACGAUUCGCAAGAAAAGUUGUUUUCCCUUUUUUCAUCCAAUCUGCUUCUUCUAACAUCUGGAAUUUUUUAUACAAAAAAACAUUUUUCUAAAGAGGAAGACUGCUAAAUUAGCAUUUCAUCUAACAUAGGUAAUAAGUGGACAUUGAUUACAAUUUGAGGACCCUCAUUUAAUAGUUCUUGUAACAAGAGAGCGUGAGCCAGAGUCACUCAGAGUCUUUCAUAAUAGAGAGGGACGCGGGUCCCCUCACUCUUUGAGAGCUGUAGAGGCAAGAUGCUGCGCUACCUGAUCAAGACCCUGCUGCAGAUGAACCUUUUCACAGACACCCUGAGAGACCCAUCCAACAGCAGCGACCUGCUCUUCAACCUGUCCUCCAUUCCCUCUUUCAAUACCUCCCUGCUGCUAGACUGGGGCAACUUCACCGCGAGCUUCAACGGAUCCCGGCCCAGGCUGGAGGAUGCCCCCCCGCGGAUCGUGGAGCACCCCUCCGACCUGAUUGUGUCCAAGGGAGAGCCGGCCACCCUCAACUGCAAGGCGGAGGGGCGUCCCAGCCCCAUGGUGGAGUGGUACAAAGACGGUGAACGGGUGGAGACGGACAGGGAAGACCCGCGCUCUCACCGCAUGCUGCUUCCCAGCGGCUCCCUCUUCUUCCUGCGCAUCGUCCACGGUCGACGGAGCAAACCGGAUGAGGGGGUCUACGUGUGCGUGGCGCGCAACUACCUAGGCGAGGCAGUGAGUCGCAACGCGUCACUGGAGGUGGCAAUCCUCAGAGACGACUUCAGGCAGACGCCCAGUGAUGUGGUGGUGGCGGCGGGAGAGCCAGCGGUCAUGGAGUGUGUCCCGCCACGAGGCCACCCGGAGCCCACCAUCUCCUGGAAGAGGAACAACAUGAAGGUCAACGACCACGACGAGAGGAUCACUAUCCGUGGAGGAAAGCUGAUGAUUUCCAACACAAGGAAGAGCGAUGCUGGCAUGUUUGUCUGUGUGGGUACUAAUAUGGUGGGGGAGCGGGACAGCGACCCGGCGGAACUAGUGGUGUUUGAGCGGCCCAUGUUUGUUAAGCGUCCAGUGAACCAGGUGGUGUUAGCUGAUGACACAGUAGACUUCAUGUGUGAGGCCCAUGGAGACCCUGCACCCACCAUCCGCUGGCGGAGAGAGGAAGGAGAGCUGCCGCGUGGCCGGUCCGAGAUCCGCAGUGACCACAGCCUGCAUCUCACCCAGGUCCGGGCAGAGGAUGAGGGCACCUACACCUGUGUGUCCGAGAACAGUGUGGGCAAGGCCGAGGCAUCAGGCAGCCUGCAGGUCCACGUGCCCCCUCAGAUUGUGGUCCGGCCACGGGACCAGAUCACUGCUCAGGGUCGCACAGUGACGUUCCUCUGUGGCACCAAGGGCAACCCUCCGCCUGCUGUGUUCUGGCAGAAAGAAGGCAGCCAGAUCCUAUUGUUCCCCAUCCAAGAGGCUGCCCAGUCAGGCCGGUUCUCUGUGUCUCUGAGUGGGGAGCUGACCAUCACAGAUGUCCACAGGGAGGACUCAGGAUACUACAUCUGUCAGGCCAUCUCUGUGGCCGGGAGCAUACUCACCAAGGCCUUGCUGGAGGUGGAGAGUGUACCCUCUGACCGAGUCCCGCCCAUCAUACGCCAAGGGCCAUUCAAUCAAACUCUAGCACCUGGCUCCACUGCCCAAUUGCAGUGCCACGUAAUGGGCAACCCUCUGCCCAGCAUUCAAUGGGAGAAGGAUGGCCAGAGGAUCCUGGGCAAUGAGCGUGUGAACCUCAUGGAGAAUGGCACGUUACAGAUCACAAACCUGCAGGAAACUGACUCAGGGGCCUACACCUGUGUGGCAUCCAGCUCGAGUGGAGAGACAACAUGGAGUGGAGUACUCACAUUGAAAGAGAGUGGAGAUUGGUCUGUCCCCCAGGCAUCAGAACCCUUCCAGCUGCCCGGACCACCCCAGAAGCCUGUAGUCACCGACGUGACCCGCAACAGUGUCACCCUGACCUGGCAACCCAACGCCCAUGAGGGCGGGGCCGCUGUCACCUCCUAUAUCAUUGAGGCUUUCAGCCAAUCAGCAGGCAGUACAUGGCAAACGGUGGCCGACCUGGUCAAGUUGGAGAAACACACAGUCGGUGGUCUCUUCCCCAACACCAUCUACCUGUUCAUAGUGCGAGCUGUCAAUGCCUACGGCUUGAGUGACCCUAGCCCCAUCUCUGAGCCCGUCCGCACUCAAGAUGUGAGUCCUACCGGACAAGGAGUGGAUCACAGGCAGGUCCAGAGAGAGCUGGGCGAGGUUGCUGUUCAGCUACAAGAGCCUGUCACUCUCACGGCCUCCAGUGUGCAAGUGUCCUGGACAGUGGACCGUCAGUCCCAGUACAUCCAGGGCUACCGUCUCCUCUACCGGCCCGGAGGCGGCACCUGGCAGCUGCAGGAUGUCAAGGCCCCAUCAGAGAGGCUGGCCGUGAUAGCUGACCUGCUCAAAGGCACAGAGUACGAGAUCAAGAUCCGGCCCUACUUCGAUGAGUUCCAAGGCAAGGACAGCCGACUGCUGUUGGUCAGAACUCCAGAGGAAGUACCCAGUGCUCCUCCUAGAGCUGUCACCGUGGUAACAGUGAAGGUGAGCAACAGCUCCAGUAUUAAUGUGUCCUGGGAGCCUCCCCCUGCUGAGAUGCAGAACGGAAUCAUCCAGGAGUACAAGGUGUGGUGUGUAGGCAACGACACCCAGACCCGCUACCACAUCAACACCACUGUGGAAGGCACCGUCCUGUCCACCGGGCUCAAGGGGCUGCUCCCCGGCAUCCUGUACCAGGUGGAGGUGGCAGCGGUGACCAGCGCUGGAGUGGGUACCCACAGCCGACCUGUGCCAGUCCUUAUCAAGCUCCCACAGGAAGCCCCAUCAAAGCCCGGUACCGGCAGGGGCGAGGAGAGUGACGAAGGCGUUGUGAGCCUGGCCGAGCAGAUCACUGAUGUGGUGAAGCAGCCAGCGUUCAUCGCCGGCAUCGGUGGAGCCUGCUGGGUCAUCCUCAUGGGCUUCAGUAUGUGGAUCUAUUGCCGCCGCAAGAAGAGGAAGGAGCUGAGUCACUACACAGCUUCAUUCAACUACACGCCCGCAGUUGGCUUUCCACACGGAGAGGCGUCUGGGCUGAAUGGACGGCCUGGCAUGCUGGGUGGGAACAUGGGCAACUAUCCGUGGCUGGCAGACUCUUGGCCAACCACCAACCUGGUCCACACUGGCAAGGAGGCAGUGAACUGCUGCACCACCAAACACGAAACUGAAGAGAGAUACUACAAUGAAGCGGGUAUUUCCAACUACCUGAACCAGACUGAGAAGUACAGCACCGGUGGCUCUACUGAAGGCCCAAUCUACAGCACCAUUGACCCCACUGCUGAGGAUCUACGGAGCUUCAACAGCCCCUACUCCUCCACCACGCCUUACGCCAGCACUCCCAUAAUGCCCUUCACCAACCAGGCGCACCAGGGAUCUCACAGCCCUACCGAGCAAGACGGGGGCCACUGGAUCACUCAGCCUGCCGGUCCCUCCUCCCAGUAUGCUCAGCCCGAACGCUGCAGGAUCGAAAGUGCCGGUAAACCCAAGCAGAAGUCCAUGGGUAAGGCGGUGAAGACCCCUUCUCUGAACUGGACCGAAGCCCUCCCACCGCCCCCCUCCUCUGGGGAGCUGGAACAGUGCGUGCUAGAGGAACUGCCAGUGGAAGAGCACGAGGACAUGGACCUAGGGUCUGAUGAGGAUGAGUGGUGCCCGCCCCUUCCAGAGAGGACCUAUCUCAUCGAGGGUUGUGACGACGGUGCAGCUCCUCCCUCGAAGGUUGACGCCUCCUCCCCAGCCACCUCCUACAGUCACCAAUCCACCGCCACACUAACGCCAUCGCCCAGAGAGGAGAGCCGCCAUCCUCCCCACGACGCAGCACGCUUACACCACCUCGAGGGGCAUCUGCACGCACGUAGGUUACCUUGCGGUCCUGUCCCGGUGCCCAGGGCUCCCAGCCCACCCUUCACACAAUCAAACCCCAACCUCUCAGCCCAGAAGCAUGGUGAGAGCUCUCAAGGGGGCACACCGCUCCGCAACGGCCUGGCCCACCGCCGAGACCUCAGCCAGGGAGUAGCGCUGAGUGCCGACAAUGUCAGCUCCACCACACCUGUACGAGCUCGGCCUUCCCCAGCAGACAACACACAUACACCCCCUGGCCAGAAGUCACGAGUGAAAAGAAAGAACCUCAAGAGCAGUGCUUACAGAAGAGAGGUGCUCCAAGGAGAUCUCCCCCCUCCACCAGAGCCACCCCCAGAAGACAGAGGAGUCCGUGGCCCAUCUGGAGCCGUAGACUAUGGCCAUACAUCCCUGGAGAGAGAAGCUAACCCCGGGACCUUGUCUUCCAUGGAAAGGAGAGAAGGAGAGAGGAGCACCCCCCACAGGAAAGGACCGGGACAGCGACGCCAAGAUGAUGAGGACCUGAUCCCAUAUGGCAAGCCCUGCUACCUGACUGGCAGAGGGAGUCAGAUGUCCAGUAACUGCUCCACCACUGGAAGCUCCUCGUCGCGGGGUUCCACGGGGUCACGAGGAGGUCACGGCUCGGGCAGAAAACGCAAUGAGGAAAUGAGAUAAGUGGACACAGGAAGACUCUCAUGGAAAAUAAAAAACACCUUUGUCAUUCAACGUUCCUUUGAUGCCUCCUGUUUUCUUUCUUCCUUCGAAGCAAACAGUUAAAUAAUGUGUAAAAGAGAAGACCAGUGUACAAAGAACAAUUAAAAACAACAGACUUUCAUCCCUUUUCUGAUAUUAUCAUUAUUUAUGAUUAUUUGGGCUUGUCCCACAUUCAUUGUACAUAGCCAUCUCUGUACUGUUUUUACAUGAGCUCUAGUUACAGGGAAAGAAAAAGUAUAUUGUAUUUAUAAGGGAAAACACAAAUGUAAAAAAUUUUCAUUAUAAAAUGUACAUGUCAUGAAUGUGCCAACCUCUUUUUGUAUAAAUAUAUACUGUUGGGAAAGCAUAAAGACUAUUGCACUCUUGUUGUGGAGGAGAAACAACAAAAAAUAUGAAGCACAAUGUGUGUUGUUGUCAGACGGCCAGCCGGACAGCUAAACUGCAGUGGUCUUCGUCCUCUCAGGGCGCCUCUGCCUGUCUUUUGGAUCCUUAUUGCCUGUGGUCCGAUGAGAAUGUUGUUCUUUUCUACGUUUUUUUUAUUUCAUUUUUUACAAAGAAAGCUUGUUGUGAACCAAUGGUUAGAUGAAAUGGUGAAAAGAUUGUAACUGUCACUUGAGGGAGUGUUGCUGCGAUUACGCGAUGACUUGCGUACUCUGUUCAAAAAACCAAAAUGUUCUGUCGACUAACUUUGGAAGUCUUGUUGUUUUGUUAAAAUAAAAUGCAUUUGUUGAACAAUA